CUGGGCGCUUGUCGCUGAGGUGGUGGUAGCAGGGGUGGGGGGUGUGCAGGGAGCGGGAGCUGCCGCCGCCGCCGGACUGCGGGGACCGAGAUGCAGGUGGGACCGGAACCGGAACCCCCCCGUCCUUUUCAAGUGUCUCUUCUCCCCCUGCGCGACCCCGGCCACGGAGGCCGAGACAAUCCGUGGGUGGCGGUGGGCGUGGGGGGCCCCGGGUCCAGGAGGACACCCUGGGCUCCGGAGAGUGCGGCUGACAGGGCUGGCUGGUGGAGGAGGCCGAGCCGCUGCACCCCGGAGCAGGGGGGAAUGGGCCAUUUGGGGGAUGUCCACGGAGUAGGAUCGGGUCCGAGUGGAUGGACCACCGAGGCCCAGAGGGGUCUGAGCCUGGAGCCGAGCCGGCAGCGUCCCCCAGCUGCCCUCCGGGAAAGAGCACAACUCCUGCCGCUCACCCCACAUCUUCUGGCCGCCUCCCUCUUUGCUGCCCCUCCUCGCAGUCUUCCUCACCCCACCACUUCCUGGGGGCCAUCAUGAAUGGUGCCCCUUCCCCGCAGGAGGAUGGGGCCUCCCCGCCCCCCCUGCCACCACCACCGCCUCCCAGCUGGAGGGAGUUCUGCGAGUCCCAUGCCAGGGCCGCUGCCCUGGAUUUUGCCCGCCGUUUCCGCCUCUACUUGGCCUCGCACCCACAGUAUGCAGGGCCUGGGGCCGAGGUCGCUUUCUCCCGCCGAUUUGCCGAGCUCUUUCUGCAGCACUUUGAGGCCGAAGUGGCCCGGGCCUCAGGCUCCCUCUCCCCACCGGCCCUGACUCCCCUGAGCCCAGGCAUGGAGAUCUCAGUGGCACCGCUGUCGCAUGACCUGCCCCUUGAGAGCUGCAGGGUGGGCGGGCCCCUGGCCGCGCGGGGCCCUUCUCGAUCAACCGAGGACCUGGCCGGCCCCCUCCCUUCCUCAGUCUCUUCCUCCUCGACGACCUCGAAGCCGAAGCUAAAGAAACGCUUCUCCCUCCGCUCUGUGGGCCGCUCAGUCCGGGGCUCUGUGCGUGGCAUCCUGCAGUGGCGGGGGACUGUGGACCCGCCCUCUUCCUCUGGGCCCCUGGAGACAACAUCAGGCCCCCCAGUACUAGGUGGAAACACCAACUCCAACUCCUCCGGUGGAGCCGGGACCCUUGGCCGGGGACCGUCGGCCAGUGACGGGCCAUCUCCUGGGGAAAGGUGGACUCACCGGUUUGAAAGGCUGCGACUGAGUCGGGGAGGGGGACCCCUGAAGGACAGUGCAGGGCUGGUACAGAGGGAAGAGCUGCUGAGUUUCAUGGGGGCCGAAGAGGUGGCCCCUGACCCUGCUGGAGUGGGCCGGGGCGGGGGGCCAGCAGGGCCUGGGGUUGGGGGAGGCGGGCAGCCUCAAUGGCAGAAGUGUCGCUUACUGCUCCGAAGCGAAGGAGAAGGAGGAGGAGGAAGUCGCCUGGAAUUCUUUGUGCCACCCAAGGCAUCUCGGCCCCGGCUCAGCAUUCCCUGCUCUGCCAUCACAGAUGUGCGGACCACCACUGCCCUGGAGAUGCCUGACCGGGAGAACACGUUUGUGGUUAAGGUGGAAGGCCCCUCGGAGUAUAUCCUAGAGACAGCCGACGCUCUCCAUGUGAAGGCCUGGGUGUCGGACAUCCAAGAGUGCCUGAGCCCAGGCCCCUGCCCCACUACUAGUCCCCGCCCCAUGACUCUCCCCCUGGUGCCGGGUACCUCGUUCCUCACCCGCGAGAAUGCAGACAACCUGGAACCGCCUUGCCUGAAUCACUCCGAGAGCCUGCCCAGCCAGGAUCUGCUGCUGGGACCCAGCGAGAGCAACGACCGCCUGUCGCAGGGGGCUUACGGGGGCCUGUCAGACCGCCCCUCGGCAUCCAUCUCCCCUAGUUCCGCCUCCAUCGCUGCCUCCCACUUUGACUCGAUGGAACUGCUCCCCCCGGAGCUGCCUCCCCGCAUGCCCAUUGAGGAGGGACCCCCGGUGGGGACAGCUCAUCCGUUUGCAGCCCCAUACCCUUCCCUGGAUACUCCAGAAAUGGCCAAAGGGUCGUUCCUGUUCCAGGGAGAGGCAGAGGGGGGUGAGGGGGACCAGCCCCUCUCAGGAUACCCGUGGUUCCAUGGGAUGCUCUCUCGACUCAAGGCCGCUCAGUUAGUGCUAGAAGGAGGCGCCAGCUCACAUGGUGUCUUCUUGGUACGGCAGAGUGAGACAAGGCGGGGCGAAUACGUCCUCACUUUCAACUUCCAGGGCAAGGCCAAGCACCUGCGCUUGUCGCUGAACGAGGAGGGCCAAUGCCGCGUCCAGCACCUGUGGUUCCAGUCCAUUUUCGAUAUGCUUGAGCAUUUCCGGGCACACGCCAUCCCGCUGGAGUCUGGCAACUCCAGUGACGUGGUCCUGGUCAGCUAUGUGCCCUCCCAGCGACAGCAGGAACCGAACACCUCCCAUGACCCACCCCAGCCCCCUGAACCCCCUUCAUGGACAGAUCCCCUAUAUCCUGGGGCAGAAGAGGCGGCGGGGGCGCCAGAAGUGGCGACAGCCACAGCCACAGCAGCCAAAGAGAGGCAAGAGAAAGAGAAAGCGGGCAGUGGAGGGGUCCCGGAAGAGCUGGUCCCCGUGGUUGAGCUGGUCCCCGUGGUUGAAUUGGAAGAGGCCAUAGCACCGGGCUCUGAGGCCGCUGGAUCAGGUGGGGACCCAGAGCCGGUCCCGAUGGUACAGCUCCAGCAGCUGCCACUAGGGGGCGACGGAGAAGAAGGGGGCCAUCCCAGAGCCAUUAAUAACCAGUACUCCUUCGUGUGAGACACCUACCCUACCCCUCCUGCGCUCCCCUACACCCCAGCCCUUGGGUCCUGCAACUGGGCUGGCAGGGUGCUGGAGGAAAUGUCGGAGCCCCCUCCCCACAUGCUUCAUGACCCUUGUUGGCCAAAGGUGUCCGUUGGUACGAGCAGAGAUCCUUGAGCGCUGUCACCUCCUCGCUCAUACACUACAGGUGCCCCUUCCCCUGAGCAGGGGACCGGGGCUCCAUUACCUCCCUGAGGGGCUCUUAUGGUUAGCCCCACCCCUGGGGGCCAUUUCCCCUUUAACAACCCCCCAGCCCAUGGCAGGGUGAGGGGGGGAAGGGCUGUCAGUUACAUUAAGGUUGUUGUUGUUGUUUUAAACAAAAUGGAGAAGCAUAAAUAAAUAAAAGGGUUUAUCUCAGUUCCAUCA